CCAGACGAAAGCAAUCAUUCGCCGAGGUGCUAUCCCAACGUUAACCGCCUGCUAGCCAAAGUCAUGGCGCUACUCAAGCAAAGUUGUUGCGUAGCGGGUCGUUUCUCCACAAACCACCUGUGGCUGAGUCCCAGAUGCAUCCCACACGUUUAUACCAGCUGCUUAUCAACCAGAGCCUCCCCGGAGAGAAGUGACAGAAAGAAGGAGCUGCUCAGAGACGACGGGCCUGACCUGCAAGACUUUAUUUCAGGGGAAUUAUCUGAAAAAAACAAGUGGGCUGAGUACAAAGGCACGCUGAAGAGACAGAAGGGAGAGAGGCUGCGGCUUCCUCCAUGGUUGAAGACUGAGAUCCCCAUUGGAAAGAAUUACAACAGGCUGAAGAACACACUGAGAGAUCUCAACCUUCACACGGUGUGUGAGGAGGCCAGGUGUCCGAACAUCGGGGAAUGCUGGGGAGGAGGAGAGUACGCCACAGCCACAGCCACCAUCAUGCUGAUGGGAGACACAUGCACCCGUGGGUGCAGGUUUUGCUCAGUAAAGACAGCACGUCAGCCUCCGCCUCUUGACCCUGACGAGCCGUACAACACAGCCAAAGCCAUCGCCGCCUGGGGACUGGAUUACGUGGUCCUCACCUCGGUCGACAGAGACGAUAUUGCUGAUGGUGGAGCGGAGCACUUUGCUAAGACGGUUACUAACCUGAAAGAAAGAAAUCCUCAGAUCCUGGUUGAAUGCCUGACUCCUGAUUUCCGUGGAGACCUGGCAGCGGUGGAAAAGAUCGCCCUGUCAGGAUUAGACGUGUACGCCCACAAUGUGGAAACAGUGCGCGAGCUACAAAGGCAUGUACGUGAUCCCAGAGCAAACUUUGAUCAGUCUCUGAGUGUCCUGAAGCACGCUAAGAAGGUCAAACCGACGGUGCUCACCAAGACCUCCAUCAUGCUGGGGCUCGGAGAGACUGACCAACAGAUCAUCAGCACUAUGACGGAGUUGCGAGAGGCAGAAGUGGACUGUCUAACACUCGGGCAGUACAUGCAGCCGACCAAACGCCACCUAAAGGUGGAGGAAUAUGUCACUCCAGAGAGGUUUGCCCACUGGGAGAAAGUUGGCAGUGAUAUGGGCUUCACCUACACAGCCAGCGGACCACUGGUGCGAUCCUCCUACAAAGCAGGCGAAUUCUUCUUAAAGAAUCUACUGAAGAAGAGGGAAGCAGAAGCAGCAGAAUGAGGAGCCUGCUGUGUGCGUUCAACUGUACGCAGUGACUAAAUACGCUUCGUCCGUCUGUAACGUAAUGCACCGAUUUAAAGUAAAGCACAGGAAACAUGUUUAAUAUUAGUACAAUGUUUGUGAGAGGCAUUAAAUAAAGCUACAGAAGUGACAAUAACA